AUGGCUUCCGAUCCGAUCAAGUUAGGAGACUACCUCUUCACCCGCCUGCUUCAGCUGGGCGUCAACGACGUCUUUGGAGUCCCAGGCGACUACAACCUGCGUCUGCUUGACUUUGUUGUCCCUGCUGGCCUGCAUUGGGUGGGCAACUGUAAUGAGCUGAACGCGGCUUACGCAGCUGAUGGUUACGGUCGCAUCAAUGGACUAUCGGCCAUCGUGACAACUUUUGGAGUUGGCGAGCUAUCCGCCGCCAAUGGUAUUGCCGGCGCCUAUGCUGAAAGGUCGCCAGUAGUUCACAUUGUCGGAACACCGCCAAGACAGCUUCAAAGCACGCGGGCUCUGGUGCAUCAUACUUUCUCAGAUGGCGAGUACCGUCGCUUUGCUGCCAUGUCUACACACAUCACCGCGGCUCAGACCAAUCUCACGGACGCAAUUACAGCCCCAGACAAGAUCGACUGGAUCCUGCAACAGGCACUGAUUCACCAGCGCCCUGUCUAUCUCGAAAUCCCAGAUGAUAUGCCAGGGGUUCUUGUCUCGUCCGUCAAUCUCAAGUCCCCAAUUCGGAUUCCACCGGCCAUCAGUCCGGCUCAUGAAUCCAAGGUCGUUGCCAGUAUCUUGGAACGGCUGUACAGUGCCCAACGUCCACUUAUUUACGUGGAUGGUGAAAGCCGUUCCCUCGGGAUCCUAGAUCAAAUUGAUACACUUGUUCAAAAGACAAAUUGGCCGACCUGGGCUUCCGUCUUCGGCAAGGGCCUAGUGAACGAAUCUCUCCCCAGUGUAUAUGGUCUGUACGCCGCAGCAUUCGGCGACAAGCCAGCACAAGAAUACUUCGAAUCCGCCGAUCUAGUCCUCACUUUCGGUCCGCAUUACAGCGACACAAACAGCUAUUUCUGGACUGCAGUCCCCAAGAAUGCUGCUGCCAUCUCCUUCAAGGACGACACCGUCCAGAUCGAAAACGACACCUACCGCGAUUUGUCUGCUCGCAAUGUCUUGGACCAGGUUCUGAAAUCGCUAGAUGAAACCCGGACAGUCAAAGCCAGUGGACCACCAAAGGUGGAAGUGACAACAAGCGAUAUCCAAGACACCGAUAUCAUUGCCCAAAAGAACUUCUACCGCCUCGUGAAUCCCAUCUUCUGCGAGGGUGACAUCAUCCUCACAGAGACAGGCACAGCCUCCUACGGCGGCCGUCACUUCAAGCUCCCGCCGAAAUCUCGACUCUUUGGCGCUGUUACCUGGCUCUCGAUUGGCUUCAUGCUCCCGGCCACACUGGGUGCGGCUCUCGCGAAGCGAGGCCAGAACAAGGGCACCGGUGCGUCCAACCAGACGGUUCUCAUUAUCGGCGACGGAAGUCUGCAGAUGACAGCGCAGGAGAUUAGCGUGAUGAUCAAAGAGAAGUUGGACAUCCUAAUUAUCAUUAUCAAUAACGAAGGGUACACCAUCGAGCGGGUAAUUCAUGGUCGGAAACAGGCAUAUAACGACGUGCCGUUCUGGCGCCACACACAGGCGCUGAACUAUUUUGGCGCAGACGAGGAACAUCUCAAGAAUAAUGUCUUCACCGCUCGGACAUGUGGAGAGCUCCGCGAGAUCUUAAGGAAAGAGCAGGUGCGUAGCGGGACUGGAGUGCGUUUGGUUGAGGUCGCGAUGGAAAGGGAGGACGUGGAGGGUCCACUGCUUUGGGUUUUGAACAAGCAGCUUGCCGAAGAGCAGCAGGCGAAGUCGGGAUAA